AUGCAGACUGCUUCUACAAACAUUUGUGAAAGAAUGGGUCGCUCUCAGGAGCUCAGUGAAUUCAAGCGUGGUACUAUGAUAGGUUGCCACCUGUGCAAUAAGUCUAUCCGUGAAAUUUCCUUGAUACUAAAUAUUCCACAGUCAACUGUUAGUGGUAUUAUAACAAAGUGGAAGCAACUGAGAACAACAGCAACUCAGCCACAAAGUGAGUGGGUUCAGCGCAUGCUGAAGCACACAGUGCGCAGAAGUCGCCAACUGUCUGCAGAGUCAAUAGCUAGAGACCUUCAAACUUCGUGUUGCCUACAGAUUAGCACAACAACAGUGCGAAAGAGCUUUCUCAUAGAAUGGGUUUCCAUG